AUGGGGCUGAAGAAGAAUGGUGAUGGUGAAUAUAACAACGGCAAGGAUUCUCCAAACGGAGAUUUUUCUCUUGAUGGUGAGAAUGAUGGGUCUCGGAUUGGACCAGAUGUCGGUCAUCAUGGGGUCAGUAGGGAUCUGAGGCCAUCUAAUGGAGUAGAUACCAUGUUGGGUCACCAGCAGUCGGGUUCUGGUAUAACCGUGAUAUCGUCAAGCUCGGGCGGUGGUACCACAAACACUGUCACCGAUCUCCUGCACCCUCAGGCCGUGAAGGUAGAACCUCCAGAACCCAUAGAUGAUAUCAGGGGAGCACCACCGAACAUGCACGAACCACCAGACCUCGCCAAUCUCACCGAUGCCACCGGGCUUCAGGGGUUCAAAUUUGUACCGGAGAUGCUGCUACCACAGAUGCUGCCUUUGGCCUUGGCAUCAAGUAAAGGUGAUAUCAACAUGAACCAUGCUGCUCAGUUAGCAACCAUGUCAAUGAUUAUGAAUCCAAGUCUCCUCUCAAACCCAGCCCUUAACCUAUCAACAGCCAACAACAAUAAUAACAACAUGCCCGGCAUGGCAUCGAUCGCAUCCCUUCAACAACAUCAGCAACACCACCAUCAUCACCACCACACUCCAGAGCCACACCAUCAGCAACAGCAACAACAGGAGCAACAAGACGUGUCGGCGCACAAUAUAGCAACAACGUUAAGUAGUAUUCCUACGAUGGUGUCGGCAUCCAGUGCGUUAAGCGCUGUGCUUUCUCAACAAGCUGCGACGGCGGGAACAGGAUUUCCCGCCAAUUUCGCUGGUCGUCUGCCGUCCGCCAAUGAAAUGCUAAACAGCGCUGCGAUGGCCCUUUCUACAUUAUCAGCUAACGCCAAUGGUGGUGGAGCAGGACAUUAUGCUACAGAAUAAGGUGAACACUUUUAUCGAUUUUAAAAAAAGAGUUUAAACAAUAUUUCACUAUAAUAACUCCUUAAUUUGUGUCAUUUUGUCAUGUUUUCGUCACCCAUCCCUUGUUCGAAUGUCGUUUCCUUGUUGUGGUCUUUGAUAUGGUAUCCCAUCUUGAAGAUCCAGACAAGUUUCUGAGCCAUUGGUGCAUAUGGAUUAUAAUCUAAUGGGAAGAAAUAGGUUGGGAACACAACUUUAACAAUGAGGUUUAAUGCCUUACAUCGAGUUAACAUCGAUGCCCCAGUUGUGCUGAUCAAGACACCCUGUGAGUUUCUACGAACUACCUAUCAUUAAUC